CACCAAUAUCCAUGCAUUCAAUUGUAAAAAAAUCCGAUAUGAUUGACGGUUGUUAUCAACAUUGUGGUCUACUUAACUGCUAGGCUGUCCAUCGCAAUACCCCCUCCCCCCUAUAUUUAAAUUUUUCCACGGUCCAUAUUAUCAUCCACCGUUGACGGUUUACUUAACUACUGAUCGUAAUCUAGCAGUCUAACCGGCGGAGUGUAUAUCAAUGCCAGGCCAGGCCAGGCCGGCCAAGUGGCCAGACGGUUGAAACUGUCCAGCCACGACAUCUGUUGUGGCAAUAUUUUUCAUAUUGGUCGAUUGCCACGAUACCUGCUUAAGUGCUUACAGUUACAGAUUCUCUGUUGUGGGCUUGUGGGGAGAAUGUCUCGAUACCAAUUUAGUGGGCCAUGUCAAUCUCGGCUUUGUUACUGUGGCUGCACUUUUGAACUUUUUAGUUAUUGAUUGAUAAGUUGGUCAAACUAUAAACUUAGGUUGCUCUCAACAUGCAAUAAAUUGAGCAUUUAUACUUUACGCCUGCGGUGUUCCAGUCGAUCGUUUUACAUUUGUGGCUCAUAAUUGUUAUAUUUAAGAAUUUUUUUUAUUAGAAAGAGGAUACAUAGAAAUGGAUACUGCCACGUGGAAGAAGAAGUUGGUGCGCUUAAUGGAGGAUAACCGCGGUCUUAUUGUUCUAUUGUUCUGUUUGCCUGCCUCAUUCCUUUUCGAUCUCGUUCUUCAGUUGCGUAACUGGUUUAAUCGUACGUUUUUGUCAGCACCCCAGCGGCACGAUACACGCGUUCGCCAGAUUCAAUCUCAGGUUCGCCAUUGUAAUGACCUUCCUGAAGCAGAGAAAAAGUUGAUGUGCACAUCUCGACCAAAUUGGCUAAGCUUAUCCAUUACAUUCUUCAGAAAAGAUCUUUGUCACAAAAUCCCUAUUCCAUUGUAUGACAUCCUUGAACUAAAGGAGGAAGUAAUGACGGUGCGCGUAGAGCCCAUGGUAACUGUUGGUGAUAUAACUCGUUAUCUGAUACCCAAAGGAUACACUUUGGCUGUUACCUUGGAAAUUGCUGAUGCCACCCUCGGAGGGCUUGCGUUUGGUGUUGGUAUGACGACGUACUCGCACAAGGUCGGGUUGUACCAAGAGACGAUUGUUGCGUACGAAGUUGUGCUGGGAGAUGGAUCUUUAGUUCGAGUGACCAAGGACAAUGAAUACUCAGAUUUAUUUUACUGUCUUCCGUGGUCUCACGGUACUCUAGGAUUUCUCGUUGCACUGGAACUUCAAAUCAUCCCUGUGAAACCUUAUGUGAAAAUGGAGUACAUUCCGAUCAACGGUCAAAAAGAAUAUUGCGAUAAAAUUCGAGAACUAUCAGGGGCAAUGGAUAAAGAUAAACAGACCCCUGAUUUUGUUGAGGCGACUAUUUUUAGCAAACACGAAGCAGUCCUUAUGGUCGGUCACUUUGCAAAUGUAAAAAAUGCGCAGGAAGAGGCACAAAUUAAUCACGUAGCACGUUGGUAUAAACCAUGGUUUUAUAAACACGUUGAAAGCUUUCUUAACAAGCCUCCAAGUCAAGAAUUUAUACCACUACGGGAGUAUCUUUUACGCCACAAUCGUGCGAUUUUCUGGGUGGUCGAAUCCAUGAUCCCUUUUGGUAAUAAUCCACUUUUCAGGCUAUUGUUCGGAUGGCUACUGCCCCCAAAACCUGCAUUCCUGAAGUUCACAACAACACCAGGCAUUCGUGCUAUGACUUUCACUAAGCAGGUUUUUCAAGAUAUCGUUCUUCCUAUUAACGUCCUGGAAAAACAGAUUGAUGUUGCAGAAGAAAUAUUUGAUGCAUAUCCCAUUUUAGUGUACCCUUGCAGAAUAUACGAUCAUGGACCACAUACAGGCCAGCUUCGUCCUCCUCGAUCUGACCAAAUGUGUCCGGGUACUAACUGGGGUAUGUUUAAUGAUCUUGGAGUUUAUGGUGUACCGGGGCCAGUCAAGCGGAAGGAACGUUUUGACGCUGUGGGUGCUAUGAGAAAAAUGGAAAAAUUUACUCGUGACGUUGGUGGAUAUCCCUUUUUGUACGCAGACAUCUUUAUGAACCGCAAGGAAUUUGAAGAGAUGUUUGAUCUCGUAGCUUAUGAAAAAGCCCGAGCAAAAUACCAUGCCAACGACGCGUUUCCUCACCUUUAUGAUAAGGUCAAACCGGAGAUAGACGUCUUUCAAGUUGGCAAAGAAUAUAUGGAUCCUCUGUAAAGUGGAAGCAGGUUUUCCUAUGGUUUACUAAUAGAAAAUGGGGCUGGGGUAAGACAAUUAAUUUCUUCAAUGAAAAAUAAAUGAUGUUAAUUAAAUUUUCAAGUUGUCUUUAUUGUUGCAUGUUUUAAAUGAUUUUUAGUAAAUAGAAUAUACAGACGUAGCUAAGAAUAUGUCCAAUGUCCCUCUUUUUACGCCGGUCUAUUUCGGUCCGUUGAACUAUGUUAAUACAAUUUCCCUACUUGUCUUUUA